AUGGAUAUCUCCGACCAAACUGUACAGAAGAUCGAGAGAUUCGCAGAGAACGGCCGAGCAGCUGAGCACGAAUCUGCACAAGAGCCUCUGAGUGACACUGCAUUACAUGCCUACACAAGACGGUUGGAUGCAACCCUGAAAGCUCUCCAAGAGCAAUUUAAACGCCAAGAAGAAGAUCUGAACAAGCUACGAGAGCUGAACUCCAUUGAGCUCCCAGAACCGGGCACAGAUAUUUGGGCCCGCGUUUCGCAGGCCCGACGAGCCAAGAAAGCAUACGACUCAGUUCUCAAGUCUGACCAUGAACUUCCAGCAACAGAUUCAGUGCUGCCCUCACUUCUCGCACUGGAAGAAACAGCCCAGCUCAUCAAGGACAAUAAAACAUCCGUCAAACUGACAGCUGAGCAACUAUCCUCAGACCGGGAGCGUCUUCGUGUGGAAGACGCCAAUCUCCGCGAUUCUCAGACAAUAGCCAGUGGACUCCGAGAGCGUAUCCAGUUUAUCCGCAAUGUGCACUCAAGGAAAAGCGACCAGACUCCCUCCCAGCUUGCACGUGAGCAUAUUGCUCAGCAGAAGGGGCAGAAUAAAGACCUGGAUCGUACCUCUGCGCGUCUGAAGGUUGAUCUGGACAAGUUCAUCGAUGAUACUCUUGCUCCGAUGCUUGCUGCUGAGGAUUUGGGUGGUCCUACCGUCGGUGAUGAGCUUGAUGUGUCAGAUGCUACGCUAAAGGCUGGGUAUACGGCUCAUGGCAAGCCCAAGAAGCAGAAGCAGCCUGUUGAAGAGGAAGAUGGUUCGCAGAAGCGCAUUGAUCAAUUCAUGCAGCGCAGUGGGGAUGAGACCUCUCGGAACAAGAGGGAAUCUGCCGCAAAGGAGAUUCAUCAGCUUCUUGAUGAUCUGUUGGAUGCAAAUGCAUCGUAUGUCAAUUUGAAGCGUGAUUCGGCAUCCUCAAGGUUCCUUGUCAGGGCCAAGGUUGCUCAGUUCCACCCUCGGGAUGCACGACGACUUCGAUUGAUUGAUUUUGGUCGCUCACUAGGAAACUGA